AUGUCGCCGGACGCUCGCCGCUCUGACCCUGCGCGCCCCGGCGGGCUGGGCGCGGACACGGCGCGCGCGGAAGACAGGAGCGCUUCGGCGGAGUGCCCGCCCGCCUGCGCGUGCUGCAAACCGCCGCCGCCCUGCGCCGGCGGGCGCGGCGUGGGGCACCCCUCGGUGGCGGUGCACGGGGACCCCGCGGAGGUCCGGGACGCCCCGGAUGCGGAGGUCGGGGCCGCGCUGCAGCGCGUCUUCGGGCCCCAGGGCCUGCAGCUGCUCUUCGGAGUCCCGUCCUCGGCGGGCGUGAGCCGCAUACACCGCGGCGGCAUGAACCACGUGUUCAUGGCCGCCGGCGGCGGCAGGCUGCUGAAGUGCACGCUGCCGCAGUGCGCCCCCUUCAGCGAGGUGCUCGAGGCCGAGCGCAUACGGCGCGACAUCCCCGGCCUGGUCUCGGACGUGCACGCUGUGUUCCCCACCGCCGGGUUCCUGUGCCAGGAGAGGCCAGCGGGCUUGCCAGGAGCCCACCCUACGAGGUGCUGGUAUUCGAAUACCUAG